GGCUCGAGGCAUAACCCGGAUUAACGUUAUUGCAGAUUGAUGCUAACGACAUGAAUGGAGUGAAUAAAGACGAUUAAAACGAUCGCACCGUGUUGUGGAGUGUAAAGCGGUGCAGGAUGGCGGUGCCGAUGGAGACUCAGCUCCAGAGCAUAUUCGAGGAUGUAGUGAAAACAGAGGUGAUCGAGGAGGCGUUCGCGGGGAUGUUCAUGGACACGCCGGAGGACGAGCGGACCAAGCUGAUCAGCUGUCUAGGAGCCUUCCGGCAGUACUGGGCCUCGCUUCCUCAGGAGUCCCAUGAGCAGUGUGUGCAGUGGAUCGUGCGCUUCAUACACAGCCAGCACAGCCCCAAACGCAUCUCCUUCCUCUAUGACUGCUUAGCCAUGGCUGUGGAGACGAGCCUGCUGCCGCCCAAGAUGGUAUGCCAGGCGCUGAUCGGCUCUGAGACUCUGGAGUGGGAGCGCACUCAGCUCUGGUCUCUGACCUUCAAACUCAUCCGGAAGAUAAUCGGCGGUGUGGAUUAUAAGGGUGUGAGGGACCUGCUGAAGGCUGUGCUGGAUAAAAUCCAGACCAUCCCGACCCUGGUCAGCUCUGCGGUGGUGCAGCAGCUCCUCCCGGCACGAGAGGUGGUGGAGUAUAUCCUGGAGAGGAACGCGUGUCUCCUGCCUGCUUAUUUCGCUGUGACGGAGAUCCGGAAGCUUUAUCCAGAGGGACAGCUUUCACACUGGCUUUUAGGAAGUCUGAUCUCUGACUUUGUGGACAGCUUCCGUCCCACCGCGAGGAUCAACUCCAUUUGUGGACGCUGUAGUCUGCUGCCUGUGGUGAACAACUCGGGAGCCAUCUGUAACUCCUGGAAGCUCGACCCUGCAACACUGCGCUUCCCUCUCAGAGGCAUGCUGCCCUACGAUAAGGACCUGUUCGAGCCUCAGACGGGUUUACUGAGGUACGUGCUGGAGCAGCCGUACUCCAGAGACAUGGUGUGCAACAUGCUGGGCCUCAACAAACAGACCCUGAACAUUGCUCAGCACAAGCAGCGAUGCCCCGUGCUGGAGGAGCAGCUGGUCGACCUGGUGGUGUACGCCAUGGAGCGCUCGGAGACCGAGGAGCAGUUCGACGACGGCGGCACUAGCCAGCUGCUGUGGCAACAUCUGUCCAGUCAGCUCAUCUUCUUCGUCCUGUUCCAGUUCGCCAGCUUCCCUCACAUGGUGCUCUCGCUGCAUCAGAAGCUGGCUGGGCGUGGGCUCAUUAAAGGCCGAGAUCACCUGAUGUGGGUGCUGCUGCAGUUCAUAUCCGGAAGCAUCCAGAAGAACGCGCUGGCCGACUUCCUCCCCGUCAUGAAGCUGUUUGAUCUGCUUUACCCCGAGAAAGAGUGUAUUCCAGUCCCUGACAUCAACAAGCCGCAGUCCACACACUCCUUCGCUAUGACCUGCAUCUGGAUCCAUCUGAACCGCAAAGCCCAGAAUGACAACUCCAAACUGCAGAUCCCCAUCCCACACUCCCUCAAACUGCACCACGAGUUUCUGCAGCAGAGCCUGCGCAACAAGAGCUUGCCCAUGACCGACUACAAGAUCGCCCUGCUGUGCAACGCCUACUCCACCAACUCCGAGUGCUUCACGCUGCCCAUGGGCGUCCUGGUGGAGACCAUCUACGGAAACGGUUCGAUGCGCAUCGCGCUGCCCGGAACCAACUGCAUGGCCUCGUGCUCCACAACGCCGCUACCCAUGAACCUGCUCGACUCACUCACCGUCCACGCCAAGAUGAGUCUGAUCCACAGUAUAGCCACCCGGGUCAUAAAGCUGGCCCACGCCAAGUCCAGCAUCGCUCUAGCGCCGGCGCUGGUGGAGACCUACAGCCGCCUGCUGGUCUACAUGGAGAUCGAGUCUCUUGGAAUCAAAGGCUUCAUCAGUCAGCUGUUGCCAAAUGUGUUUAAGUCCCACGCUUGGGGUAUUCUUCACACGCUGUUGGAGAUGUUCAGUUACAGGAUGCACCACAUCCAGCCACACUACCGUGUCCAGCUCCUGUCACACCUCCACUCGCUCGCCGCUGUUCCACAGACCAACCAGAACCAGCUGCACCUCUGUGUGGAAAGUACUGCUCUGAGGCUAAUCACAGCACUGGGGAGCUCCGAGGUGCAGCCGCAGUUCACGCGCUUCCUCAGCGACCCGAAGACGGUGCUGUCGGCCGAGUCGGAGGAGCUGAACCGAGCGCUCAUCCUCACCCUCGCCCGCGCCACACACAUCACCGAUUUCUUCACGGGCUCUGACUCGAUCCAGGGAACGUGGUGUAAGGACAUUCUACAGACCAUCAUGAACUUCACACCUCACAACUGGGCCUCACACACACUCAGCUGCUUCCCCGCUCCUUUGCAGGCGUUCUUUAAGCAGAGCACCGUUCCUCAGGAGAGCCGCUUCAACCUGAAGAAGAACGUCGAGGAGGAGUACAGGAAGUGGAAGUCCAUGACCAACGAGAAUGACAUCAUCACUCACUUCUCCAUGCAAGGCUCUCCGCCGCUGUUCCUCUGCCUGCUCUGGAAGAUGCUUCUAGAAACCGACCACAUAAACCAGAUCGGCUUCAGGGUUUUGGAGAGAAUCGGGGCACGCGCCCUCGUCGCUCACGUACGCACGUUUGCCGAUUUCUUGGUGUACGAGUUUUCAACAUCGGCGGGCGGGCAGCAGCUGAACAAGUGCAUCGAGAUCCUGAACGACAUGGUGUGGAAGUACAACAUCGUCACUUUGGACCGUCUUAUCCUCUGCCUGGCGAUGAGAAGUCAUGAGGGCAAUGAGGCACAGGUGUGUUACUUCAUCAUCCAGCUCCUCCUCCUCAAACCCAACGAUUUCCGCAACCGCGUCAGCGACUUUGUCAAAGAGAACGCUCCGGAACACUGGCUACAGAGCGACUGGCACACCAAGCACAUGUCCUACCACAAGAAGUACCCAGAGAAACUGUACUUUGAGGGUCUGGCGGAACAAGUGAACCCUCCCAUGCAGCUCCAGUCACAGUAUCUGCCUAUCUACUUCGGCAAUGUGUGUUUGCGCUUCCUGCCCGUCUUUGACAUUGUAAUCCACCGCUUCCUGGAGCUGCUGCCAGUUUCCAAGUCCUUGGAAACUCUUUUGGACCACUUAGGGGGAUUGUACAAAUUCCAUGAUCGGCCAGUGACGUACCUCUACAACACCUUGCACUACUAUGAAAGGCACCUACGUGACCGCACCAAUCUUAAACGCAAGCUGGUCCACGCCAUCAUGAGCUCUCUGAAGGAUAACCGUACUCCCGGAUGGUGCCUAAGCGAGACCUACCUCAAGUUCGGCAUGAAUCCACGCGAGGAUAACAUCUGGGUCCCGGACGACACCUACUACUGCAAACUCAUCGGGCGCCUUGUAGAAACGAUGGCAGGAAAAUCUCCAGGCCCUUUCCCCAACUGUGACUGGAGGUUUAACGAGUUCCCAAACCCUGCGGCACACGCGCUUCACGUCACCUGUGUGGAGCUUAUGGCGCUCGCCGUGCCGGGGAAGGACGUGGGAAACGCGCUGCUAAAUGUAGUGCUCAAGAGUCAGCCACUCGUGCCCCGGGAGAACGUGACCGCUUGGAUGAACGCGAUCGGCCUAAUCAUCACCGCUCUACCCGAGCCGUACUGGAUCGUACUACACGACCGCAUUGUUAGCGUGAUUAGCAGCCCUGCGCUAACCUCGGACACGGACUGGGUCGGUUAUCCCUUCCAGCUGCUGGACUUCACGGCAUGCCACCAGUCAUACUCGGAGAUGUACUGCAGCUACGUGCUAGCGUUAGCGCACGCCGUGUGGCAUCACUCCAGCAUCGGGCAGCUUUCUCUCAUUCCCAAGUUCCUGUCGGAGGUCUUGAAGCCAUUGGUGAAAACCGAAUUCCAGCUGCUCUACAUCUAUCACCUGGUCGGGCCUUUUCUACAGCGCUUCCAGCAGGAGAGGACACGCUGCAUGCUCGAGAUCGGGGUGGCCUUCUAUGAGAUGCUGCAGGCCGUGGAUCACCAAAGCAAGCACCUGGCGUACAUGGACCCCAUCUGUGACUUCCUGUACCACAUUAAGUACAUGUUCACCGGAGACAGCGUCAAGGACCAGGUGGAGAAGAUCAUCUGCACAUUGAGGCCAGCCAUGAAGCUUCGCCUCCGCUUCAUCACACACAUCAGCAAAAUGGAGCCUGCUCCUGCUGUCGUCACGGCGACAUCUGCCUCUCAGCCCACCACAGUGUCUUCCCCUGCCCCUCAAACCGGACCUGGACCAUCUAGCAUCCCUCUCUCAGUUUCGCAGUGAUCCGCUAUUACAUCAUAUUAUUCCCGCUUAAUCUACUGUAAAACCAUCCAUUAAAAAGGUUCCACGGUGGCAUCGUAUCACCUCUCUGUGCUCUCCCCAAUGACCCUCACAUCUAUUUUUGUUUUUAUCAUUGACCUUUUUUCCUUUUUGUCUUUGCCAGACUUGCCAACAUUAUAUUGUGGACCUGAGGUUUCACCCUAUUAUGUCAUUGAAGGUGCCAGUAUGUCCUUGUUACUGUCAUUGUGAAAUCUAAUUGGAGAACAAAAGUAGGGCAUUUCAAGCAAAUGUGGGUGUAAAUGGUAAAGCGUAUUGUAGGUUAGGUUACUUUAAAGGUUACAACAGGAGCGGUCAUUAAAAUCUACCAGAGGCAAAAUACAUGUGACCUUUUCCUCGUCACUUGCUAAGGUAAGGUUGGCAGUCAAGGCGUUUCUCCUGGGUUUUCAUUUAGCUUCAACAUUCUUUUGUUCUUCUUUUUUUCUGUUUGACCUUCUACUGUUUCUUUAUCUCUCUAUCAAAAAAAACCCCUAACAUCACUCCUUUCCUCUGCCCCAUGACUCUUCAUCAGAAGGUCCGUGUUCGCUGGCUAAGCCUUAACAAUUUCCAGCAGAAAGAUUUCAGAAGAUUUACAGAUGACCUGAAAGAGGAAGUCAAGAAACAGAUAAAUCUCUAAUCUGGCUGGAAAUUUACGAGGAAUCCGAAUUUACGAGCGUUCUUAGCGCUGUGUAAAAACCAAAGGGAAGUGGAAUUUAUGCAGCAAACGGCAGAUUGAAUUCGAGUCAUCCGCAUGAAGCAAGUUUCAACUUCACAAGCAAAGCGAACUUAUUCUUUAACUCAUGGAUGCAAGAAGUUUUUUGGAAACUCGCCAGAUUGUUAUCGAUCUCGCUGUGGAGAAAAUUUCACUUCCUUAAAAAAAACAUUUCAUUAUAACAAUGAAGUCAGCCACAGGCAACAUGUUUAUGUGAUUAGCAUUUUCUGGGUGAGCUAAAGUAAAACCUGUGCAUGGACUAAAACCUAGAUCAUGUGGUGUUUAAACAUAGAUGGAUGUUGCUAUAGACAAUGCUGCCUUUUUUUGUUAUUUUUUUACAAUACAGAACAUUUUUCAUUUGUAAA